AUGGCUGGAGUGCGACAAGGGGCGCUAAGCCUGGUGGUCUUCAUUGCCUUCUAUGGCUGGUGCACUGCCUUCACAACGCUGGCUGGGACUGACGGCUCAAGGUGGGCAUCGAUUUUGAGACCAGAGGCGUCCCAACUGGAGCUUGUGGCGCGCCAGGGCUUUGCGUGGCAUGCGAGAGAUCCCAAUGGGGUGAAGCAUAUUGAGACCCGCAACCAAGCCAGAGUGGCAUCCUACUUGAAGAGCACCCUGGAAGAGAUCUUCAACGCUUGCGAGGUGACGUUGGAUCGUCUGGGAGAUGAAGAUAUGCAAAAUCGGAUCCGCAUCGAUGACAUCAUCAUGAGCAAAGGUUGCCGGGCAGCCUACAUCCACGUAGCAGCUUCUGGCGACAAGCUGGAACAGCGUCAAGCCUUUGUAUGGCUGGCGCGGAACAAGGGCCGUUUGAAGACGGCUUUAGCCAAGCGAUGGGCUAGGCGGAGAGGCAUCCCACAAGUCUACUUUAUCGAGUCCAAGUGGGACGAGUGGGAUACCAAGUUCAGAAAAGCUCGCGAAUAUCCCGAACUCAAUGAACCUGAUCCAUACCAGUUUUUCCCAAACUGGACGCCAAAAUUCAUGGAGAAGUCCCCAGCCUUGAGAAAGCUGGCGAAGGAUGAUCGAUUGGAGAAGAUCCGCGACUCCAUGGGUCUCGGAGAUGAAUACCUGCGGCAGCACGGCCGAAGCACCUUGCGGCUGCUGGGCAACAAGGUGCCACUUCCCAGGGGAAGUUCCACGUUGAAAAAGCUGCUGCUCCAACGGAGGGAUAAAUUCAUCCUGGAUGUCUACGGCUCGGUGGAGAUCAAUCACUCGAGGCGCUGGCGCUGGCGCUCCCAGGGUGUUGUGACCAAGCGCCGUAAAUGA